AUGGCAAAUUCGGAAAGGGCUAAGGGAAUGCAAAAAAAUUAUCAGAGAAAUGAAACACUACAAGAACAACUGCCUAAAGUGAGAAAGCAAGCUGUUGGACCUAUUGAGAUAUUCCGCUUUGCUGAUGAGCUGGACAUUACACUGAUGGCCCUGGGAAUACUGGCAUCAUUGGUAAAUGGAACCUGCCUUCCUUUCAUGUCACUGGUCUUAGGAGAAAUGAGUGAUAACCUUAUUAGUGGCUGUCUAGUCCAAACCAACACCACAAAUUAUAGGAACUGUACUCAGUCUCAAGAGAAGCUGAAUAAAGAUAUUAUUGUGUUGACCCUGUAUUAUGUUGGAAUAGGAGUCACUGCCCUGAUUUUUGGCUACCUGCAGACUUCCUUUUGGGUUAUAACUGCAGCACGGCAGACCAAGAGAAUGAGAAAACAGUUUUUUCACUCAGUUUUGGCACAGGAUCUCAGCUGGUUUGAUGGCUGUGACAUUGGUGAACUUAACACUCGCAUGACUGAUGACAUCAACAAAAUCAAUGAUGGUAUUGGAGACAAGAUUGCUCUGUUAUUUCAAAACAUCUCUACUUUUUCUAUUGGACUAUUGAUUGGCUUGGUGAAGGGCUGGAAGCUCACCCUGGUGACUCUAUCCACAUCUCCUCUUAUCAUGGCUUCAGCAGCAGUGUGUUCUAGGAUGGUCAUCUCACUAACCAGUAAGGAAUUAAGUGCAUAUUCCAAAGCUGGGGCUGUAGCUGAAGAAGUCUUGUCAUCAAUCCGAACAGUUGUAUCCUUUGGAGCCCAAGAGAAAGAAAUUCAAAGGUACACACAGAAUCUGAAAGAUGCAAAGGAUGUUGGCUUAAAAAAGGCUAUAGCUUCAAAAUUGUCCCUUGGUGCUGUGUAUUUCUUCAUGCAUGGAACCUAUGGACUUGCUUUUUGGUAUGGAACCUCUCUGAUAAUCAAUGGAGAACCUGGUUAUACCAUUGGAACCGUUCUUGCAGUUUUCUUUUGUGUAAUCCAUAGUAGUUACUGCAUCGGUGCUGCAGCCCCUCACUUUGAAACCUUCACCAUAGCCCGAGGAGCCGCCUUUAAUAUUUUUCAGGUGAUUGAUAAGAAACCCAGUAUAGAUAACUUUUCAACAACUGGAUAUAAGCCUAAAUGGAUAGAAGGAACAGUAGAAUUUAAAAAUGUUUCUUUUAAUUAUCCAUCAAGACCAUCUAUCAAGAUUCUUAAAGGUCUGAAUCUCAAAAUUAAGUCUGGAGAGACAGUAGCCUUGGUUGGCCCAAACGGCAGUGGGAAGAGUACAACAAUUCAGCUUCUGCAGAGGUUGUAUGAUCCCAAUGAUGGCUCUAUUACAGUGGAUGAGACUGACAUCAGGGCUUUCAAUGUGCGACAUUAUCGGGAACAAAUUGGAGUGGUCAGCCAGGAGCCUAUUUUGUUCGGGACCACCAUCAGUAACAAUAUUAAGUAUGGACGAGAUGGAGUGACUGAUGAAGAGAUUGAAAAAGCAGCAAAGGAAGCAAAUGCUUAUGAUUUUAUAAUGGAGUUUCCUAAUAAAUUUAAUACCUUAGUAGGAGAAAAAGGAGCUCAAAUGAGUGGCGGACAAAAACAAAGAAUUGCCAUUGCUCGAGCGUUAGUUCGAAACCCCAAGAUUCUCAUCUUGGAUGAGGCUACAUCUGCCCUGGAUACAGAAAGCGAAUCAGUUGUUCAAGCUGCCCUGGAAAAGGCAAGCAAGGGCAGGACUACAAUCGUGGUAGCACACCGACUUUCCGCUGUUCGAAGUGCAGAUCUGAUUGUGACCAUAAAAGAUGGAAUGGUGGUGGAAAAAGGAACACAUGCUGAACUAAUGGCAAAGCAAGGUCUAUAUUAUUCACUUGCAAUGUCACAGGAUAUCAAAACAGCUGAUGAGCAGAUGGAGUCAAUGACAUAUUCUACUGAAAGAAAUACCGGAUCAGUUCCUCUGUAUGCAACGAGUAGCAUCAAGUCAGUCUUUACUGGCCAGUCUGAGGAGCGCAUCCACCAUGAGUCGACCACACUUCCUGAAGUUCCUCUAUUAAAAGUUUUUAAAUUAUGCAAAUCUGAAUGGCCUUUUGUGGUUCUGGGGACAUUGGCUUCUGCUCUAAAUGGGACUGUCCAUCCAGUAUUUUCCAUCAUCUUUUCAAAAAUCGUCACUAUGUUUGAAGAUGAUGAUAAAGCCACAUUAAAGCAUGAUGCAGAAACUUAUUCCAUGAUAUUUGUCAUUUUGGGUGUUAUUUGCUUUGUCAGUUAUUUCAUGCAGGGAUUGUUUUAUGGAAGAGCAGGAGAAACUUUAACCAUGAAAUUAAGACAAUUGGCAUUUAAAGCCAUGUUAUAUCAGGAUAUUGCCUGGUUUGAUGAUAAGGAAAACAGCACGGGAGCCUUGACAACAAUAUUAGCCACAGACAUAGCACAAAUUCAAGGCGCAACAGGUUCAAGAGUUGGUGUCUUAACACAAAAUGCAACUAACAUUGGACUGUCGGUUAUCAUUUCCUUCAUAUAUGGAUGGGAGAUGACACUCUUGAUUCUGAGUUUUGCUCCAGUACUUGCUCUGACAGGAAUGAUUGAAACCGCAGCAAUGACAGGAUUUGCCAACAAGGAUAAGCAAGAACUUAAGUGUGCUGGAAAGAUAACAACUGAAGCUGUGGAGAAUAUCCGUACUAUAGUGUCAUUAACAAGAGAAAAAGCCUUUGAGCAAAUGUAUGAAGAGACGCUUCAGACUCAACACAGAAAUGCCUUGAAGAAAGCACAGAUCAUUGGAAGCUGUUAUGCAUUCAGCCAUGCCUUUGUAUAUUUUGCCUACGCAGCAGGAUUUCGAUUUGGAAUCUAUUUAAUUCAAGCUGGACGAAUGACCCCAGAGGGCAUGUUUGUAGUUUUUACUGCAAUUGCUUAUGGAGCCAUGGCCGUUGGAGAAGCACUUGUUUUGGCACCUGAAUAUUCCAAAGCCAAAUCUGGGGCUGCGCAUCUGUUUGCUUUGUUGGAAAAGAAACCAACGAUAGACAGCCACAGUCAAGAAGGGAAAAAACCAGACACAUGUGAAGGGAGUUUAGAGUUCCGCGACGUCUCUUUCUUCUAUCCAUGUCGCCCUGAUGUGUUCAUACUUCAGGGCUUGUCCCUCAGUAUUGAGAAAGGGAAGACAGUAGCUCUCGUUGGAAGCAGUGGCUGUGGGAAAAGCACCUCUGUUCACCUUCUGCAGAGAUUUUAUGACCCAGUGCAAGGACAAGUGCUAUUUGACGGUAUAGAUGCAAAAGACUUGAAUGUACAAUGGCUUCGUUCCCAAAUAGCAAUCGUCUCUCAAGAGCCUGUGCUCUUCAACUGUAGCAUUGCUGAGAACAUCGCCUAUGGUGAUAACAGCCGUGAGGUGUCAUUAGACGAGAUAAAAGAAGUAGCAAAGGCGGCAAAUAUCCAUUCUUUUAUUGAAAGUCUCCCUGAGAAAUACAACACACAAGUUGGACUGAAAGGAACACAGCUUUCUGGCGGCCAGAAACAAAGACUAGCUAUUGCAAGGGCUCUUCUCCGAAGACCGAAGAUUUUAGUACUGGAUGAGGCCACGUCCGCCCUUGAUAAUGAGAGUGAAAAGGUGGUUCAACAUGCCCUUGAUAGAGCCAGAAGAGAGAGGACGUGCCUAUUGGUCACUCACAAACUCUCCACAAUACAGAAUGCCGAUUUGAUAGUGGUUCUGCACAAUGGAAAAAUAAGGGAACAGGGAACACAUCAAGAACUCCUAAGAAAUCGAGACAUAUACUUUAAAUUAGUAAACGCACAGUCAGUACAGUGAUGCUGUUGAGUUAGCACAUAUUUUGAUUUUUGUGUAAUGCCAGGAAAGAGUACUUAGUAAUUACUUGGCAUGCUUUCAUCUCUUUUAUUGCUUAUAUCAAUACCUAAAAUCAUGCUCCUCAACUACAGGCAUGUUCUGUUCACACACCAUCUUCCCUUCAGAUUUUUAAAAGGAAAAAAAUGUUAAAUUCAUGUGAAUGAGAUAAUGCUUGUAUUCUUCAUUUUAUAAAACUGAUCUAGCACAUAUGUUUGUAAAGCAGUUUUCUGUAAAGUAAAUCCAUUCUCCCAUCAACUUCUGCUAUAAAAUUGGAACCAUGUUCCCAGGGGAAAAAUUAUCCAGUUAAAUAAAUUGAAAGGCUUUAACAAAGAGAGAUUAAGAUGUGCUUGGGCCUGUGGCAUUGCAUGGGAGUGUCUUUAAAUUGGAACUUUGAAAGUUGUGUAGUACCUUUUUCUCCAGAACAUAGAAAUUUAUCAUAUCUCUCUUAAUAAAUAUCCAC